AUGCCGUUGCCAGCGAUUCUUAGCAGCUGCGUGGACGCUAUCAGCAAUCGUCUGGAAGAGCUGGUGUGUCAUUGCAAACAGCUGCAUACACUCAACCAGUCGCUGGAGAUGGAGAAUGCAUCCUUGCGUUUGAAGCUUGGCUCCAUCGGGGAGAGACGCGAGGUCUCCAACUGCGUGUCCACACCAGAGGUGGAGGCUGCCGAGCAGGCGCAAAACCUCCCUCGGGUCAAGGACGUUUUUCUGGAGCCGGAAAGACCAGAUGAAGUGAUGCUGCCUGGAAGGCUUCCACUUCCACCUCCAGCACGCCACCCCUGGAUGCCGGAUCCCGAAGGGAGCCCGGCGGACAGCGAGUUGCGGCUGCUCGGUGUACCAUCACGAGUAGCCACUACCGAGCUGGAGGAGGAAGCGGAGGAGUCUGACGUGGAGUACUUAGAUGCCAAGAGCAUGCACUUUGAUACGCUGGUCUCGCAUCGGCUGCAGCUGAUCACUGACACCAGGUUGGCGGAUGAUACUACAUUCAACCGGGCGGAGUGGGAACAGACCUGGAACCUCAUGAAACUUGAGUCAGAUGAAUACACGGGCGCAAAAGUCUUCCAGAGCUUCGUGAAUACUUUAUUCUUUAAGACGGUGAGCAUGCUUGCCAUCAUGGCGAAUGCUGUAUACAUCGGACUUCGCACCGACCAGCAGAUCAAGAAUAGCUUCUCCAGGGUACAAGGCCAGACGCCCGCGGAUAUGGAGAACUUGUUAGAGUGGGUCUUCCUGGUGUGGUUCUCCGUUGAGAUAUUGCUGAACUUGAUUGCUUUUCGCACCAACUUCUUCAUAGGCAAAAACUGGCACUGGAACAUAUUCGACCUCUUCUUGGUGGGGAACGCUGCAGUUGAGGUCAUGGUUCCUUCCCUCUUUGCCAACAUGUCCUUCCUCCGCAUCUGCCGGGUCUUCAGACUAAUCCGAGUGGUGCGCCUGGUGCGGACGGUGAAGUGGCUGCGAAGCCUUCGAACCAUGCUGUUCGCCAUCAUCAAGUCCAUCUCUUGCCUGCUUUGGGCGUUUGUGAUGAUUAUAUUGGUGAUGUUCGUGUUCAGCAUAAUUUUUGGCAAUGCUGCUGCCUCGUACUUUGAAACGCUGGAUUUGAACGACCCCACGGAAGUGGAGAAUGCCCUACGAGUUCAUCUUCUCUUCGGCAGCAUGUACGAGUCCUGUGUCAGCCUUUUUUGCGCCAUCUUCGGAGGCAAUGAUUGGAUGUUCUACGGAGAUAUGCUUCGCAUCCUGGGCUCUGGCGAUUUGUACUUUGUAUUUUUCCUGUUCUACAUUGGCUUCUGCCUAGUGGGACUUCUCAAUGUGGUCACCGGUAUCUUCGUUGAUAGCGCUGUGUGUACACGUACUGAGGACGAGGUUGUGGAUUCCUACCGAGAAGAUCUGCAAAGAACCUCUGACGAAGUCAAGCGUAUCUUCAAUGCAGCAGACACGCACAGCUCCGGCAUGCUAACGUUGGAGGCCUUUUCCCAGUGUUUGAACCAGAAUGCCUGGGUGGCCGCCUACUUUGCUGGCCUGGACAUUGGCGCAGAUGAUGCAGGCACCAUCUUCACGCUCAUGGACACCAACAACAGUGGUGACAUCACCGUGGAUGAGUUUGUGCAGGGCACCAUGAAGCUGAAGGGCCAUGCCAAGAGCAUCGACAUCUUUGCCAUUAUGUUCGACAUCACCAGGCUGGGGCUGCAAGUUCAGAAGCUGUGCUCCUCCAUGGAGGACCAGUUCCGCGACAUCAAGCGUAUUCUGGAGCCUGGCAGGGCGCUGCCCAAGAAGCGGCUGUUCAAGCCAGUGAAGCAGCUGAUGCAGGAGUUGGAUCAGCCUGAUUCAGAUGACCCCACCAGGCCCAAAGAUGCGUCAACGCGGUUGAGGCUUCUCAAGCGGCUGUCGCAAGCCCGAGUGGCAUGA